CUGGUUCUGAGCACUGCCUUUUUACCAAGAUGACGUGUGCUUUGCAGUUAUUUUGUGUUCUGCUUCUGGCUCUACAACAAGCAAGGAGCAGCGAUCAAGAAGAACCCUCUAAAUACUGGGUCUUCAGACCGAACGUCAUCGUCCUGGAUGUUGACCUCACCAAGAGCACUUCCUCUCACGUCGAGCUGAGCUGUGGAGAGGCCCACCAGCUCCGGGAUGUCCACUGGAAGAAGGACAACCGGAAAUUGAGAGAACGCGGGAACGUGAUCACGGUGGAGGUGGUGGAGAUGUUCGGUGGGAAUUACACCUGCCACGACAGCUCUGGCGCCACGCUCAACCACACCCUGGUCCUGGUGCAGGAGACGAAUAACGAGAAAGGUCCCUUCCCCAAGACCAUCCUCAAGAACGAAGAAAACAACUACAUUACCUGCAAAGCGAAAAACUACUCGGGAGACUUCGAGUGCUCUUGGCAGCUGCAGGAGAAUCGUGAAGAUGCCACGCUGUUCGUCUCUGCAGAGCGGCUGGCGUCAUCAGAGGUGAGCAGCAUCUCCUGCACUAUGGAUGAACAUGAGUCCAAAGCAAGCUGUCAAGACUCCUCCUUCUGCCCGUACAGAGAGGAGCGCGACCGGAUCAAUUUUACUCUGUACGCUACGCACCUGUACCGCUUUGAAGAGUAUUCUAAAGUCUUCUACAUUCAUGAAAUCUUGAAGCCCGACAGCCCUGAAAACUUGAAGGUUUGUCGGAUUAACGUGACGUGGGAUUACCCCGCAAACUGGAAGCACAGCCGCUCCUACUUCCCUCUCACAUUCCAGGUCAAAGUGGUGAAAGGCAGCUGUGACAGUCUGCAGGCUCAGCCAACUGGCACCGACGAGGCCACUUCCCUAAAAUUGUCAAAGAAAUACAGACACAAGGGAAACAGCAUCUGCGUCCGCGCCAAAGACAUGUUCUGUGAUUCAGCCUGGAGUGACUGGAAGCAGGCAAACCAUGAACCGCAAAGAAGAAAAAGAAAUCCCGCGCAUAGCCAUCACAGGCCCCAGGGUUUCUCACAGUGAGAAAAGGCACGAGAGGAGAAGUGUGAUCCUUCCAGAUAUCUGAAAUAGCAGCUUCACCUGUUUUUUUUUCUUUCAUUGUUAGAAAACGCAUUAUCCUCGGAUGUUUUCCCUUGCACGAGCACAGCACUAAAUCCGUAACUCCAGGUUUUACAAUACAAUUCUGCAUUUAUUUAAAAAAAAACUGUUUCAGACCACAAAAGGUUAAACCCUGGUUUGUCUUCUAUGAUAAAUCACCAUACAGCUGUGCUCUGAGCAGAUACAAAUGUCCUUGAGCAGUAGAAUUUCCCAGGUAUCAAUGAUUAAGCUUUCCUUUUCUCCUCUGUAGUGUAAAAACUAGAGACGCUAUUUAUAUCUAAUAAUUAUGUUUUGAACAAUAUACUGUUCCAUUUACUGAAGACUGAUAAGCUGUGUACAGAUGUGAAACCAUGCCAUGAAUGAUAAUGUUCAAUGACACAGAUAAGUAUAUUUUGAUAUUUUAUCAUAAGCUUGCAUGAAUGAAUGUCCUACCUUAUUUAUUAUUUGCUUUAUUUAUAUAUUUAUUGGUGAGAAAUGUUAGUUAUCGCUGCUCAUUAAAAACGUGUAUUCAUUUGAAACUCAAGAAAGUGACAAAUUGCCAUAACUCAAAGGAAAUGUAAAUGAAAUGUAAUACCUGCUGAUGUUUUGAAUGUAAACUUUUUAUUUAGAACUCCACUGUAGACUUCAUAAAACCACUUUAUUACUGUAACACAUCUGUUAGGUUCUUUCAAACUAAUGCUUAAUAUUUGACUAGUGAAACAUGUGGGAUAUAUAAUUAAUUGCUAGCAACUAGUAAUCUAGUAUCUAGUUCGGUGUUAUAUAGGAAUUGCCCAUUAUUUGUUAAAUCCUUAAGUGUCACUCAUAAAUAACAAUCCCAUUAUUUACAGGUGACCAUGAAAUAAAGUGUUAAACAGCACAUUUGAAUAAGAAUGACUUUUUCAUAAGGACCUUUCUUGUACUGACCGAUUCUGUACAUUUCUGUGUGAUUUAUUUAAUAAAUUCCUUUUA